UCCAGUACCUGCUCUUCACCUGGCUCGGUCCGAACUUCUGGGAGCCCUGCAGGGUCGAAGGGGAGACAGGUUCAGAGAGGAGCAGGCAGUUGUCGGCAGCCACACAGCACGUCCUCAGACUGACCCUUCUGACCUCUGUCCCGACCCCUCCGUCCCUGUUCAGUCUCACCAUGGCUUUCCGGACACAGCUGAUGUUGCUGCUUUGGAAGAAUUUCAUGUAUCGCAAGAGACAGCCGAUACAGCUCCUGGUCGAGUUGCUGUGGCCCCUCUUCCUCUUCUUCAUCCUGGUGGCUGUCCGCCACUCCCACCCCCCACUGGAGCACCACGAAUGCCACUUCCCCAACAAGCCACUGCCGUCCGCGGGCACUGUGCCCUGGCUCCAGGGCCUCAUCUGCAAUGUGAACAACUCCUGCUUCCCGCAGCCAACGCCUGGUGAAAAUCCCAGGCUCCUGAGCAACUUCAAUGACUCCCUGGUCUCUCGGCUCCUGGCCGAUGCCCGCACUGUACUGGGGGGUCCCAGUGCCCAGAGGACACUGACUGGCCUGGGAGAGCUGAUGCCCCUGCUGAGGGCCAUGAGCAGCAAAGCCUGGCCUCCACAGACUGACUGGCAGCAGGAGCGUCCUUCACUGGCCGCUGAGCUUCUGGGGAUGCUGCUGCCAGGGGAAUCCCUGGGGGGCGCCCUGGGUCAUGCCCAGGAGUCCAUGGACAGCUUUGUGGAAGCAGUCAAAGACCUGGCCCAGGAGCUCCUGGUGCUGCCCAGCCUGGUGGAGCUUCGGAGUCUGCUGCAGAGACCCCGGGGGACAGGUGGCCCCCUGGAGCUGGUGUCAGAAGCCCUCUGCAGUGCUAAGGGGCCUAGCAGCCCAGGGGGCCUCUCCCUCAACUGGUACGAGGCUGGCGACCUGAGGGAGCUGGUGGGGCAGGGCCCAGCACCAAACCUGCCAGACAAAGGCCUGAGCCCUGCCUGCUCUGAGCUGAUGGGGGCUCUGGGAGACCACCCACUGUCCCGCCUGCUCUGGAGGCGCCUGAAACCGCUGAUCCUGGGGAAACUGCUGUUUGCACCUGACACGAAUUUCACGAGGCAGCUCAUGGCCCAGGUCAACCGGACCUUCGAGGAGCUGGCUCUGCUGAAGGAUAUCCAGGAGGUCUGGGGGGUGCUGGGACCCCAACUCUUUGACUUCAUGAACAACAGUGCCAAUGUGGCUAUUCUGCAGAGGCUCCUUCAAAGGCAGGACAGAUCAGGGUGGCAGCCAGGACCAGGAGGCCCAGACCCGACGGAGGCCCUGCAGUCCUUUCUGGACCCCAGCAUGGGUGGCUACAGCUGGCGCGAUGCCCACGCUGAUGUGGGACAUCUGAUGGGCACACUAGGCCAAGUCAUGGAAUGUGUGUCCCUGGACAAGCUGGAGGCCUGGCCUUCGGAGGCAGCCCUGGUGUCGCGGGCCCUGCAGCUGCUGGCCGAGCACCGCUUCUGGGCAGGCAUCGUCUUCCUGGAGCCCAAGGACCCGGCAGACUCCUCAAAGAAGCCAGCCCCAGACCUGGGCCCUGGCCACGGCCACGUGCAAAUCAAGAUCCGCAUGGACAUCGACGAUGUCACCAGGACCAAUAAGAUCAGGGACAGGUUUUGGGACCCUGGCCCGGCCGCGGACCCUCUGACUGACCUGCGCUAUGUGUGGGGCGGCUUCGUGUAUCUGCAGGACCUGCUGGAGCGCGCUGCUGUCCGCGUGCUCAGUGGCACGGACCCCCGCGCUGGCCUCUACCUGCAGCAGAUGCCCUACCCGUGCUACGUGGACGACGUGUUCCUGCGUGUGCUGAGCCGGUCGCUGCCCCUGUUCCUGACGCUGGCUUGGAUCUACUCAGUGGCGCUGACCGUCAAGGCCGUGGUGCGGGAGAAGGAGACGCGGCUGCGUGACACCAUGCGCGCCAUGGGACUCAGCCGCGCGGUGCUCUGGCUCGGCUGGUUUCUCAGCUGCCUGGGGCCCUUCCUGUUCAGCGCGGCGCUGCUCGUUCUGGUGCUGAAGGUGGGGGACAUCCUCCCCUACAGCCACCCGGCCGUGGUCUUCCUGUUCUUGGCAGCCUUUGCGGUAGCCACUGUGGUCCAGAGUUUUCUGCUGAGCAUCUUCUUCUCGCGUGCCAACCUGGCGGCCGCCUGUGGAGGCCUGGCCUACUUCUCACUCUACCUGCCCUACGUGCUCUGUGUGGCCUGGAGGGACAGGCUGCCCACGGGUGGCCGUGUGGCCAUGAGCCUGCUGUCCCCAGUGGCCUUCGGCUUCGGGUGCGAGAGCCUGGCCCUGCUGGAGGAGCAGGGUGAGGGCGCACAGUGGCACAACUUGGGCCGGGGACCGGCGGCAGAUGUCUUCAGCCUGGCGCAGGUCUCAGGCCUCCUGCUGCUGGACGCCACCCUCUAUGGCAUCAUCGUCUGGUACCUGGAGGCUGUGUGCCCAGGCCAGUACGGGAUCCCAGAACCGUGGAAUUUUCCCUUUCGGAGGAGCUACUGGUGUGGGCCUGGACCCCCCAAGGGUCCCGACCCCAUCCCUGCCCCGCAGGACCCAAAGGUGCUGGUGGAGGAGGCGCCCUGGGGCCUGCGCCCUGGAGUCUCUGUUCGAGGACUGGAGAAGCGCUUUCCCGGCUGCCCACAGCCAGCCCUGCGUGGGCUCAACUUGGACUUCUACCAGGACCAGAUCACUGCAUUCCUGGGCCACAACGGGGCGGGCAAGACCACCACGCUGUCUAUCCUGAGCGGCCUCUUCCCGCCCAGUGGUGGCUCAGCUUUUGUCCUGGGCCAUGACGUCCAGUCCAGCAUGGAGGCCAUCCGGCCCCACCUGGGGGUCUGCCCGCAGUACAACGUGCUGUUUGACAURCUGACCGUGGAGGAGCAUCUGUGGUUCUACGGGCAGCUCAAGGGCUCGCRUGCCACAGUGGUGGGCGCUGAGCAGGAACGUCUGCUGCAGGACGUGGGACUCGUGCCCAAGCGGUGGACUCAGACGCGCCACCUCUCUGGUGGGAUGCAGCGGAAGCUGUCCGUGGCCAUGGCCUUUGUGGGUCACACUCGGGUGGUCAUCCUGGAUGAGCCCACAGCUGGUGUUGAUCCCACAUCCCGCCGAGGCAUCUGGGAGCUGCUGCUCAAGUACCGGGAAGGUCGCACGCUGAUCCUCUCUACCCACCACCUGGAUGAGGCCGAGCUCUUGGGAGACCGGGUGGCCAUGGUGGCAGGUGGCCGCCUGUGCUGCUGUGGGUCCCCACUCUUCCUGCGCCGUCACUUGGGCUCUGGCUACUACUUGACACUGGUGAAGAGUCCCCAGCCCCUGGCCAGUGCUGUGAAGGAUGAGGAGGACACCCACUUGAAGGACGGCAGGGGCUCUGGCCAGGGCAGCACUGCGGGUGCCCCUCAGCUCCUGGCCCUGGUGCGGCGCUGGGUGCCGGGGGCCCGGCUGGUGGAGGAGCUGCCCCACGAGCUGGUGCUGGCCUUGCCCUACGCGGGUGCGCUGGAUGGCGGCUUUGCCAGGCUCUUCCGGGAGCUGGAUGAGCAGCUGGGGGCGCUGAGCCUCAGUGGUUAUGGGAUCUCAGACACCAGCCUCGAGGAGAUCUUCCUGAAGGUGACAGAGGACUGUGCCUCGGACACAGACCCAGAAGAUGGCAGCCCUGGGCAGCAGGCCUGUGUGCACCUGGCUGUCCCCGAGGGGACCCCGGGGGCCACGAUCAUGCCAGAGGAACCAGCCCUGGACCCGGGGGAGCUGGCUGGGUCGGCCCCAGAGACCCAGGCCUUGCAGGGCUCUGCGCCGGCCACUGCAGGACGAGUACAGGGCUGGGCACUGACCCGUCAGCAGCUCCGAGCCCUGCUUCUCAAGCGCUGUCUGCUUGCCUGCCGUAGCCGCUGGGGCCUGUUUGCACAGAUUGUGCUGCCCGCCCUCUUUGUGGGCCUGGCCCUGCUGUUCAGCCUCAUCGUGCCUCCUUUUGGGCACUACCCGGCUCUGCGGCUCAGUCCUGCCAUGUACGGCGCCCAGGUGUCCUUUUUCAGCGAGGACACCCAGGGGGACCCCAGGUAUGGCCGCCUGCUCAAGGCGCUGCUGGGGCAGGCAGGACUGGAGGAGGCCCACCUGCAGAACACCUCCAACAGGCUGCCGGAGUGCCCAGGGGCCCUCUCCUGCCUGUUCUCAGUCCCUGAGGCCACUGCUGAUGUGGCCAGGGUCCUGGCCCGUGGCAACUGGACCCCAGAGUCUCCAUCCCCAGCCUGCCAGUGCAGCCAGCCUGGUGCCCGCCGCCUGCUGCCCGACUGUCCGGCUGCGGCUGGUGGCCUCCCACCGCCCCAGGCAGUGGCCAGCUCUGGGGAGGUGGUCCAAAACUUGACGGGCCGGAACCUGUCUGACUUCCUGGUGAAGACCUACCCAAGCCUGGUGCGCCAGGGCCUCAAUACUAAGAAGUGGGUGGAUGAGGUCAGGUAUGGGGGCUUCUCAUUGGGGGGCCGAGACCCAGACCUGCCCUCAGGGACGGAGGUGGCCCAUUCGGUGGAACAGCUGAGGGCCCUGCUGAGUCCCCAGCCAGGUGGGGCCCUGGACCAGGUCCUGCACAACCUCUCAGCGUGGGCUCACAGCCUGGAGGCUCACCACAGCCUCAAGAUCUGGUUCAACAACAAGGGCUGGCACUCCAUGGUGGCCUUUGUCAACCGAGCCAACAAUGCACUCCUGCAUGCCCACCUGCCCCGGGGCGCCGCCCACCAGGCCUACAGCAUCACGACGUUCAACCACCCCCUGAACCUGACCAAGGAGCAGCUGUCCGAGGCUGCCCUGAUGGCCUCGUCCGUGGACGUGCUGGUCUCCAUCUGUGUGGUCUUCGCCAUGUCCUUCAUCCCGGCCAGCUUCACCCUGGUCCUCAUUGAGGAGCGUGUCACGCGAGCCAAACACCUGCAGCUCGUCGGGGGCCUGCCCCCCACCCUCUACUGGCUGAGCAACUUUGUCUGGGACAUGUGCAACUACUUGGUGGCUGUGUGCAUCGUGGUGCUCAUCUUCCUGGUCUUCCAGCAGAAGGCGUAUGUGGCCCCUGCCAACCUGCCUGCCCUCCUGCUGCUGCUGCUACUGUAUGGCUGGUCAAUCACGCCACUCAUGUACCCGGCCUCCUUCUUCUUCUCCGUGCCCAGCACGGCUUACGUCGUGCUCACCUGCAUCAACCUCUUUGUGGGCAUCAACGGCAGCAUGGCUACCUUCGUGCUGGAGCUCUUCUCGGAUCAGAAGCUGAAGGAGGUGAGCCGCGUCCUGAAACGCAUCUUCCUCGUCUUCCCCCACUUCUGCCUGGGCCGGGGGCUCAUCGAUAUGGUGCGGAACCAGGCCAUGGCUGACGCUUUUGAGCGCCUGGGUGACAGGCAGUUCCAGUCGCCCCUGCACUGGGAGGUGGUGGGCAAGAACCUGCUGGCCAUGUCUGUGCAGGGGCCCCUCUUCCUCCUGCUCACGCUCCUGCUGCAGCACCUCGGCCGCCUCCUGCCACAACCCCAGCCGAGGACGCUGCCACCCCUGGGAGAGGAGGAUGAGGAUGUGGCCCACGAGCGGCAGCGGGUGGUCAGAGGGGCCACCAAGGGGGACGUGUUGGUUCUCAGGGACCUGACCAAGGUGUACCAUGGGCAGAGGAUGCCAGCUGUCCACCGCCUGUGCCUGGGGAUCCCCCCAGGUGAGUGUUUCGGACUGCUUGGUGUGAAUGGAGCCGGGAAGACCACCACGUUCCGCAUGCUGACCGGGGACAUACUGCCCAGCAUGGGCGAGGCAGUGCUGGCAGGUCACAGCGUGGCCCAGGAACCAGCUGCCGCGCACUGCCACAUGGGCUACUGCCCGCAGUCAGACGCCAUCUUCGAGCUGCUGACUGGCCGCGAACACCUAGAGCUGUUUGCACGCCUGCGAGGCGUCCCUGAGGCCCUGGUGGCAGGGACCGCCAGCUGGGGCCUGGCGCGCCUGGGGCUCCCGCGAUACGCCGACAGACUCGCGGGCACCUACAGUGGGGGCAACAAACGCAAGCUGGCCACAGCCGUGGCGCUCGUUGGGGAUCCCGCUGUGGUCUUCCUGGAUGAGCCCACCACGGGCAUGGACCCCCGUGCGCGGCGCUUCCUCUGGAACAGCCUUCUGUCCGUGGUGCGCCAGGGCCGCUCCGUGGUGCUCACCUCGCACAGCAUGGAGGAGUGCGAGGCCCUCUGCACGCGCCUGGCCAUCAUGGUGAACGGGCGGUUCCGCUGCCUGGGCAGCACGCAGCACCUCAAGCGCAGAUUCGGCGCUGGCCACACACUGACCCUGAGGGUGCCCGUGGACCGGCACGAGGGAGCCACGGCCUUUGUGGUGGCCGCAUUCCCGGGGGCCGAGCUKCGAGAAGCGCAUGGGGGUCGCCUCCGCUUCCAGCUGCCACCGGGAGAGCGCGGMGCCCUGGCACACAUUUUUGGAGAGCUGGCAGCCCAUGGUUCAGACCAUGGCAUGGAGGACUUCUCUGUGAGCCAGACCACACUGGAGGAGGUCUUCCUGCAUUUCUCUGAGGACCAAGGGAAGGAGGAGGAAGACCAGGAAGGAGUGGAGGCGGAGCCUGCAGCAGGCUCUGAGCAUCCCAAAGGCCUUGGCCAGGCCUCSACGGACACCCUAGUGAUGGAGACUGUGCUCUGAGCCUGCCUCCCCCGGGGGCAGGAGAGCCCCAGGAGCCAACAUCAGCUCCCCAGAGCACCCACUACCCUGGAGCAAAUAAAGAGAAGACUGGAGCUGAGGCGGUGGCUCAGUGGUAGAGCUUGCCUGGCAUGUGUGAGGCAUGGGUUCGAUU